GAGCUGUGGCGCGGAGACCGUGGGAGGCCCUCGUGACGGCCGGAUCGCUGGGAGGGGCCGCGGCGGCAGAGUUGAGGAGUUGAAGAUGCCUGGUUGGUGACUUUCCAGAUGUUGAGGUACCUGCAUCCCUGGCCUAGACCCUUACUGAGUUGUAGUUGGAGCAGACUGUGCCUUCUGAAGCAGUAUCUCUUUACAAUGAAGUUACAAUCUCCUGAAUUCCAAUCACUCUUCACAGAAGGAUUGAAGAGUCUGACAGAAAUAUUUGUCAAAGAAAACCAUGAGUUAAGAAUAGCAGGAGGAGCCGUGAGGGAUUUAUUAAAUGGGGUGAAGCCUCAAGAUGUGGAUUUUGCAACCACAGCCACCCCUGCUCAGAUGAAGGAGAUGUUUCAGUCUGCUGGGAUUCGAAUGAUCAACAACAAAGGUGAAAAACAUGGAACAAUCACUGCCAGGCUUCAUGAGGAAAAUUUUGAAAUUACUACACUACGGAUUGAUGUUCUCACAGAUGGAAGACAUGCUGAGGUAGAAUUUACCACUGACUGGCAGAAAGAUGCUGAGCGCAGAGACCUUACUAUCAAUUCUAUGUUUCUAGGCUUUGAUGGUACCUUGUUUGAUUACUUCAAUGGUUAUGAAGAUUUAAAAAACAAGAAAGUUCGAUUUGUUGGACAUGCUAAAGAGAGAAUACGAGAAGAUUAUCUUCGAAUUUUAAGAUAUUUCAGGUUUUAUGGAAGAAUUGUUGAAAAACCUGAUGACCAUGAUCCUAAAACAUUGGAAGCAAUUGCAGAAAAUGGGAAAGGCCUGGCGGGAAUAUCAGGAGAGAGGAUUUGGGUAGAAGUGAAAAAAAUUCUUGUUGGUAACCAUGUAAAGCACCUGAUUAAUCUUAUGUAUGAUCUUGAUGUGGCCCCUUACAUAGGUUUACCUGCUAAUGCCAGCUUAGAUGAAUUUAACAAAGUCAGUAAAAAUGUUGAAGGUUUUUCACCAAAACCGAUGACACUCUUGGCUUCAUUACUCAAAGUACAGGAGGAUAUAACAAAAUUGGAUUUGAGAUUAAAGAUUUCAAAGGAAGAGAAGAACCUCGGUUUAUUUAUAGUUAAAAAUAGGAAUGACUUAAUUAAAGCAGUGGAUAGUUCAGAACCAUUGAAACCCUAUCAAGACUUCAUUAUAGAUUCUAGGGACUCGGAUGCGACUGUCCGUGUCUGUGAACUACUGAAGUACCAAGGGGAGCAUUGUCUUCUGAAGGAAAUGCAGCAGUGGUCCAUCCCUUUGUUUCCUGUCAGUGGCCACGACAUCAGAAAAGCGGGAAUUUUUUCAGGAAAAGAAAUUGGAGCUCUGUUACAACAGUUGCGAGAACAGUGGAAAAAAAGUGGAUACCAAAUGGAUAAAGACGAACUUCUGAACUACAUAAAGAAGACCGGAAACUGAUGUUGGCUGGCUACUAAAAGGUGGAAAAUUCUGGGUAAACCUAAAAUUCCCCCACUCUCUUAAUUACACCCCUCCCCCACCCUCCCCACUUGUUGAGUUUUCAGAGACUUGAAUAUACUGCAGAAUAAAAAUCUGCUCUCAGUA